GAGACAGUGAAGGAGUUUGUUGAACCAGAGUGAAGAGCAGACGUGGUGGACAGAAAUGUGAGGCAGAAAAAAGAGAGAAAGAGUAAAGAAGGGCAUUCCUCUCGAAAAAUAAAACAGGAUUGUGAACUCAACAAGAAGGACUUUCUGCUGCUGGAAUCUAUCUUCUUUUGAGUUCCUGGUGUGAAACCCACAUUUCCAGAGGUGAAAGUUCAAGGGCCAGGCAUAGCAACAGAGAGUGAAAAUGUCACUGAGGCGUCUUGUCCUCAUCCUGGGAAUCACAGCAGCCACUGUUGUUACUGCUAGAGGAUCAUGGAGAAGGGACAGCAAAGAGUCUGGUCCUGCUGUUUACCACUCUGAUGAAAACUAUGAAUGGACAACGUGGUUCAAUGUUGAUCACCCUGGAGGUCGCGGAGACUAUGAGCAGCUGGAAGCCAUUCGCUUCUAUUACCGUGCCCGAGUGUGUGAGACUCCACGGGCAAUCGAAGCCAGAACCACCGAAUGGGUCCCAGCCCGUGAAACUGGGGAGAAAGUCCAUGCAGACCCCACUGUGGGCUUCUGGUGCCUCAAUGAGGAGCAAGGUCCCGAACGCAACUGCUCCAACUAUGCAGUCCGCUUCCUCUGCCCCAAAGCAAGUACCAGUGUGAACAUUCAGGGUACCUGGGGCCCGUGGUCAGACUGGAGCCCAUGUACUGCCCUCUGCGGUGAAGUGGGAGUCCAACUUCGCUCCAGAAACUGCAAAUCUCGCUCACUGCCUUGCAAUGGAUCUACAGUAGAAGAGAAAGCUUGCAAUGGACCUGAAUGCCCAAAGACUGAUUGUUUCUUACAGUGUGAGAUGGGGAGGGUGAAUGCUGAGUGUGACGCAUGUAUGUGUGAAGAGCACAUCCUGUUGGGUUCUGUACGUGGUGCUGGAGGUCUCACUGCUGAAGGGGCUACCAUCCUUCGAUAUGGCAAGCUCCUUACCCUUACUGACCACAAUGGACAUUUCCGCAUCCCUGGUAUCUGUCCUGAUGGAAACACCACACUGACAGUCAGCCUGCAGGGUCAUGCCACCCUUAACAUUGUUGUGCCCCAUAGCGCUGAACACACCUCAGUCCUCAGUGUCCAGCUGAAAAGAACAGAGAAGCUUCAUGUGUUGAGCAACCCUGAGAGCAAGGCCAGGAGGCAGGGACAAACUGCUGCCUUCUGCUGCAAAGUGGCAGGAACACCACAGCCAGACAAGUACCAAUGGUUUCAUAACAACAGUCUUGUGGAGAAUCAGUCUGAGAGCACUUUGGUCCUGAAAGAUCUACAUCCUGAACAGGCUGGGGAGUACUACUGCCGAGCAAGUGGUCCAUCUGGGGUUAUUAAGACCAAACCAGCUACUCUUAAAGUCUUAGGUAGAAAUGAGAAUUCAUGUAACCCCAAGCCCGAAUCCCACCUCAUCCGUCUUCCACAUGACUGCUACCAAAACAGCACAGACUCGUUCUACUAUGAUGUGGGCAAGUGCCCCUCAAGCACAUGUGCUGGGCAGCAGGACAAUGGCAUCAGAUGUAAAGACAAAGUGGCCUACUGCUGUGGUGUGAAAAAGAUGGAGGAGAGACAGCUAACAUGCCAGGGCUACCAACUGCCCACCAUGGUGGUGACUGAGUGUGGCUGCCAGAAAUGUGUGGACACCAAGGCUAUUGUGCACGGUAGAGCCAUUGCUGCAGACAACGGUGAGCCAAUGAGGUUUGGCCAUAUCUUUAUGAAUGGGGUCAGAAUAAGCCGUACAGGCUACAAAGGUACCUUCUCCAUCCAGGUCCCUCCAAACACAGAGAGGCUAGUCCUGACUUUUGUGGACAACAUGCAAAAAUUUGUCAAUACCACAAAGGUACUUCCAUUCAACACCAAAGGAGGGGCUGUUUAUCACGAGAUCAAACUUCUAAGGAAAAAAGCUCCUGUCACCAUCAGCUCCACAGAAACCAAUACUCUGGAGCUUGGGGAGGUGGAUGGCCAGGAGGCAAUGGUUCAGAUCCAGAUUCCUCCCCAUUCCUUCUAUAAGGAGAAUGGAGAAGUCUUCAUGGGUAAUGUCAGCGCUAGUGUAACGUUUCUUGACCCAAGAGACGUCUCCACAGCUGCUGCAGCUCAAAGUGAUCUAAAUUUUGUAGGAGAUGAAGGAGAUACCCUGCCACUGAGAACCUAUGGUAUGUUCUCAGUUGACUUCAGGGGUGAGGAAAACAAUGAGCCCCUGAACGCAGGUGAAGUGAAUGUGUUCCUGGAUUCUGCUCAGGUGAAGAUGCAUGAGCACCUCAACACCAUGAAACUGUGGUCACUGAACCCCGAUACUGGCCUGUGGGAGGAAGAGGGAAGUCUGCAGGUGGAGAAGAAAAGAAGAGGCAAAAGGGAGGAGAGAACCUUUCUGAUCGGAAACAUGGAGAUCAGAGAGAGACGGCUAUUUAACCUGGAUGUCCCCGAGAACCGAAGGUGUUAUGUGAAAGUGAGGGCCUUCCGCAGUGAGCGAUUUAUGCCCAGUGAGCAGGUGGAGGGAGUUGUGGUGAGUCUCAUAAACAUGGAGCCCACAGCUGGCUACUCCUCUAACCCACGUGCCUGGGGCCGAUUUGACAGCGUUGUCACUGGCCCCAAUGGCGCCUGUCUUCCUGCCUUCUGUGAUGAACAAAAAGCUGACGCCUACUCUGCCUAUGUCAUGGCCAACCUUGGAGGGGAGGAACUAGAGGCUGUCCCUUCUGCUCCCAAACUCAAUCCCAACCUUGUUGGAGUUCCCCAACCUUACCUGGGUAAACUGAACUACAGGCGAUCUGAUCAUGAAGACCCCCAGUUGAAGAAAACCGCAUUCAGCAUCAAUGUGGCAAAACCAAGUGCCAACACAGCCGAGGAAGGCAACGGACCAGUGUAUGCAUUUGAGAAACUGAAAGAAUGUGAGGAGGCCCCAUUCAGUGCAGCACACUUCCGUUUCUCGAGAGUGGAAGGAGACCGCUAUGAUUACAACACAGUGCCGUUCAAUGAAGAUGACCCCAUGAGCUGGACGGAGGAUUACCUGAGCUGGUGGCCCAAGCCCAUGGAAUACCGGGCUUGCUAUAUUAAAGUCAAAAUCAAUAGCCCGCAUGAGAUAAAUGUGCGGUCCCGCAACAUGGGUGGCACCCAUCCCAAGACAGUGGGCCAGCUGUAUGGCCUCCGAGACACACGCAGCAUCCGUGACAUGGACCAGACAACUGUGUCAGCUGUGUGCUUGGAGUUCAAGUGCAGUGGGAUGCUGUAUGAUCAGGAACGUGUCGAUCGUACCCUGGUUAAGGUGAUUCCACAAGGAAGCUGUAAGAGAGACCACGUCAACACAAUGCUUCAGGAGUAUCUGGUCAACCACCUGCCUCUAGCCGUCAACAACGACACCAAUGAGUUCACCAUGCUAGCGCCUCUUGACCCUCUGGGCCAUAACUACGGAAUUUACACAGUGACAGACCAGGAUCCCCGCACAGCCAAAGAGAUUGCACUUGGACGCUGCUUUGAUGGCUCUUCUGACGGUACAUCUCGUGUUAUGAAGAGCAACGAGGGCGUGGCACUGACAUUUACCUGUGGGGAUCGUGAAGUGACACGCCAGAGUGUCUUCCAGGCCCUGCAGAGUUCUCAAGGUCAGACAGUAACGAGUGUGGUGAGAGGAGAAGGCAGGCAGAACCGGCGCCGGCAGAGGGCCAAUGCACCUCGCAGCAGUCGUAGGCGUAGCACCAGAAAUCCUACAGGAAGACGCACAGGAGCCAAAAGUUAAAUAACAACACUGAAGGUCAACAUGGAGACCAAAUGAAUACCUACGAUGGAGAUAAGUGGAUAAUGUUAAAGUUGAUAAAAGUUUUGAUACAAACAUGAUUUUUUUUUUCAAAUUAAGUGACCUAAACAAAUGUAACAAAGAUGGGCCUAUUUCUUGCAGCUUCUUCCCAAAGAAUAGUUGCAUUGUUUUUCUGUCUCUUUAUAUUUUCAAAUGUACUGUGGUAAAUAUUUACUUGAAAGUGUAAAUAGAGUAUUUAUUACACGUGCCUUUAAAAAUCAGUAAUCAGUGAGUGCUGCGCUAUUACAUUUAAGAUUAUUUCAAUGAUGGUGUAAACAGAGACAGAAACACAACAUAUCAUUUUGACCAGUGAUUUAUUAAAUUAGAUGCUUAUAAAACACUGCAGAUGCUGUAUCUUCCACAUUGUAAUGUAUCCAAUUGUCCAUGUAACAUUGAAACUGGUCAAUUGCUAGAAAAGAAAAGGAGAAUAUGCCCCUUUCAACUAACUGUAGCCCAUAUGAAGACAUGGUGGGGUGAAGCCCAUGAGCCCCCGCUCCUCAUCACACUUGAUACAAGCCUGCAGAAGCAAUGAUUAGGAGACCAGUUGUAGCAAGUUAAUCCACUUGCCUGAUCCAUACUUUUUUCUGCAUUAGUAUAAAUCAAAUUAGUAAAUUAUAUUUUUUGUCAUGCACAAAAAAUACCUAUAAGCACU